ACCUCACAAGACAACCAAAUGCGACGAAAGUGCGAAAACAAAGCGACCAACAACAGAAAUAUAAACAGAGAAAAGGAAGCGUGAUUUACGAAGACAUGCAGGGAAAUGAACAGUUCUUGUCAUUUAACAUUGGCACAGGACACACAGUGUGAGAUGGAAAUGAAUCUGCUUUGCUGGGGCAGUGGGGAGCUUGGCCAGACUGGACAUGGCAGGCCAGGGCACAUCGGUCCAGAGGAAGCCCAUCUGAGAGAGUUCACAGAGGCAAGGCUGGGCAGAGUGAAGCUACUGGCAUGUGGAUCCAGUCACUCCAUUGUGGUCACAGUGGACAACAAAGUCUUUGCAUGGGGAAAUGGCACCAGUGGACAGCUGGGUGACGGAGAGAGGGCAGUGAAGGACCAGCCAGUCGAGGUUAAGUUGCAGCAGGAACUGCACGUUAAAGGAAGCGACGCAGUUGUGGAUGUCGUCAACAUAGCCGGUGUUGCCUGUGGAAGCAGACACUCCUUCAUAUGGACGGAAACUGGGCAGGUCUACAGUUUUGGGAACAACUUUUACGCCCAGCUAGGUUAUGAUGUCCAGAGGCUUGACUUCAAAGACCACCAGCUGGCACCACGUUUGUUCCAGAAUCUUCCAUCAUCUCUGAAAAUAUCUCAAGUGUCCUGCGGAGAGCGACAUACCCUGUUUGGGCUGGAGGACGGCAGCGUGGCGGCAUGUGGGCAAAAUGAUUACGGACAACUUGGCAGUGGCUCUGAUGAAAAUGUGGUCGUCCCUCGCUUUGUCGAGUUUGUGGACCGUGUGUCGAAGGUCACUUGUGGGGCAAACCACAAUCUUGCACUGACAGGUGACGGCAGGUUGUUUCAGUGGGGCUGUGGACGGGCAUGUGGAAACAUAAAGAGGAACAUCCUUCUCCCAGAGGAAGUGACGCCACCAAGCUCGCCAUUGAGAGACAUUGCUGGAGGAUGUUGGCAUAGCCUGCUGCUAACUGAUGGUGGGAAUGUCUUCUCCUGGGGGAUGGGGCAAGAGGGACAGCUUGGACUUGGGGAUGACAGGAUUCAUAUCUCCAUUCCUUGUCUUCUUAACUAUUCUCAGCUAGCCGAGGUCACACAGAUACAAGCAGGAGACAGCUACAGUGCAGCCGUCACAGCAGGCGGAGAACUGCUUCUCUGGGGUCAGAUCCCCUGUGUGUCCCGGGUCAUUGAUCAUCCAGGCCUCAAAAAGCUCUGGAUACCACAGCCGGUUUCACUGGCAGGCAGAAAGGUGUGUGAUGUAGCCUGUGGUACCUGGCACAUGAUGGCCCUCGCCACAAGGAGCAGAGAGAAGAACAGAGAAUGUGUUCACUCAGAAACUGAAGCUCGCUUCAGAGACCUUGUCAGCGAUCCCUUACUGAUGGAGCACACAGAGAAAGAAAACAAAGUCCAAGACUCCAGGCACGUUCAGCACAAGCUGCUUCACAGACUGGAGAGACUAGAGGGCUCCAAGGAGCAGGAGAAAGAUGAAGAGAGUGAGAGUGCAGAGGAAGAAGAAAGACUUGAAGAAAAACCAAACCAAGUUGGGGGAGAUGAAGCGUUACACGAUUCAGCAUUUGCCAUCACCAGGUCUUCAACAGGGAUGGACGGCAGAGGAAAUGACCACACAUCAGUCAAAUCUGACCGACGGGAUGAGAGGGAGAGAUGGAGGACAGCAAGGCAGUUGGAGCUGAGGAAAGAACCAUGGGGAAGCAGAGACGUAGUAUUCACAACUUUGCAUCUUUUACCCAGGUCAGUGGGAGAGCAAUGCAGGUCCACUGCCACCGCCUUGCCCCGGCUAACGACAGGUCAACAAGCUCACAGCAGAGUUUUAGACGAAGCUCGGAAGGAGAGAUCUACACAUCUGAUGGAAUUGGUCCAAAAAUAUGGAAGUGACCGAAACAUUUUGCAGAGUCCCAGGCCCACACCAAAACCCAGACCUCCUGGAAGCUGUCCAAUGGAUCAAAGCGUAGCCUCUUGUCACAAUUCAAGAAUUAGACAACACAUUGAACUCAAGUCUCAGAUUUACAAUUCAACUCCCCAUCUGAGCCCUGGACAACAAGCUCAAAUGUCAGCCCCUUCCUUUCCCCCGGGACCACAAGUUGGAACGUCUCUUUCUCCAACUCCUUCCUCUUCUGAUCUAUUUAAGUACUAUCCUACACACAGAAGACUGCUUUCUUCUUUUGGCACUCCUCAGAAGAAUCCAUAAGAAUACACAGAUCCAGUUCUGUGCACCAGUGUAAUUCAUCUGAUGUUUAAAUGUUUGUACAUUAUAAUAAUAGACAGCUCAUUCAUAAUGUCAUCAGCGUCAAAAAGCAUUUUUAUGUAAAAGUCUCCAGAAAUGACUUGCUACAGAGAGAGAAUUGUGCACUCUAUUAUCAUUAUCUGCCUGAUAAUGAUUUUUUGGAGACCACACACAAAGCUAAAUACUUUUGGAUCCAAGGGAACUGACAAACAGCCUGAUUGAGCUCUCGAAAACAGACUUCACAUCAGCUUUACCCCACACUGUGAUUUGGCAAAUAUACUCCUCUUACAAACCGUCUCAGUCAACGACACUCAUCAACCUUGACCUCAUCGGAAAGCAUUAGGGUUUGGUCUUACAGUCAAAGCUAUGUGUCGGAGCUGCAAAUUCCUUGAAUCAGUACAUUUCAACAGAACUUGAGAGGGAUGAGGGGUUUUUCCCCCCGUACUACCGAGCCACAUUCAUUUUUAAUACUUAUGGUAUGUUGUAUAUUAAAGACAAAACACCCCCUCAGAUCUUGGCCUCCAGUUAGACAGUGAAGUGUUUUCAUGCUGCCUCUGCAGUAUGAGUCAUGUCCUACUACGUCUCUUUUGAGUGUGAGGAAAUUGAGUUGUUGCAGAGAUACCAUAUGAUGAGGUUUCUCAAAGUAAAGUAUGAUUAUUUCAGGUAACAGAACUUCCUUUGAGUCUGCUUUUCUGUGUCUUUGCUCUGUUGUUUUUGUACAUGUCUGAGAGAGAGGUCCUUCAUUAGCCUUGCACUGUAGCCUUGCAAACUGGUUCGUUGCAAUCCUGUGAACGGGAUAUCUCUGGCAAUUUUGGAAAAACGUCCACUUGGACUCAAAGAUAAAAUGAUGGUCACUCUGACCUCACAAAAAAACGUUUUUGGCCAUAUCUCAAGAAUUCUUAUGACAUUAUGACAAUGUACACAAAUGAAGAGGAUUUAGUGAAAACUAAAAUACGACUGGUUGGCUGAGGCAUACAAUGUGUAUGAAAUACCAUCCUAUGACUAAUUUAUGACAUAAUAUACUAUACAUUUUCUGUGACUUUUUUGUGACUUCUCAUACUUUUAGUUUUUAUUACAUUUUUAUGACAUAAUAUACCAUGUCUUUUAUAUGAAAUAUUUUGUGACAUAAUAUUCUUUGCCUUUCUUUGACAUACUAUGUACUAUAAAUUUGUGACUUUGUUGUCUUAACUAUACUAUGACGUUUUAUGACUUUUUUAUGACAUACUAUACUAUGACUUAUUUUUUGACAUUCUCUACUAUGACAUUUUAUGCUAUGCUACAUUAUUACUUUUCACUGUUUUAUGCCGUACUAUAUGUGAUUUCUUAUGACUUACGACACUAUGACUUUUCAUGACCCUUUAUUUCAUUCAUGAGUUUUUUUGACAGACUAUAUUAUGACUUUUUUUUUAAAUACUAUACUAUGACUUAAUAUGAUGUUUCUUUUUUUACAU